AUGGCAAGCAACCCCCAUCUCCUUGCAGCCGACAACCCGCUGGCUUUGAUGACUCUGCUUCGCGAAAACCCCUCCAUAGCAUCUGCCCAGGACGAGCACGGCUAUUCCCUUGUCCAUGCCGCCGCCAGCUACAACCAUCUCGAACUUCUUCGAGCCCUGAUUCGCGAAUUCAAAGUCGAUGUCAACCUGCGCGACGAGGACCAAGAAACGGCACUGUUUGUUGUCGAGACACAUGCGGCUGCCAAGGUCCUUGUCGAGGAGCUACACGUCGACCUCCUGGCGCGGAACGAGGAGGGCCAAACCGCAAGCGACAAGAUUGCCGACGAGGCAGACUUCCCUGAGGUCGCUCAGUACCUAAAGGCAGUUGAAGUUACCCGCCAUGGCAGGCUACCGAAUGGGUCUAGUGUGCACGGGGAAUCAGAGGCAGUGCCACCGCUGCCAGAGGGUUUGAGUGUGUCCGUCGGCAUUAUGGCACCACCGGAAGACAAUGAACCUGAGGUCGAUACCGAAUUCAGAAGACGCAUCGAGCAGUUGGCUGAGCGGGACGAUUUUCAUACGGAAGCUGGCCAAGCCGAGUUGCGGCAACUCGUCCAAGAUGCUAUCGGUGAUCAAAACUUGGAUGAUCGUCAGGUCCGGCAGAGACAGGCCUGA